AUGGGAGAGAUUUUGCUGGGCAAGGGAGAAGCUGGAGGUGUGGAAUUGUACAAGGUUUUCAUUGUCCUGGAGGCGGUGGUGUCAGAGUCCAGCCUGCAAAAGCUCAUAUACUUCUUCCUAAUUAACUUAUCUGCCCUGGACAUCCUUUUCAUCAUAAUCACUGUCCCCAAGAUGCUACCCCUAUUCUUUCAUGGGGGCCGCUUCUCAGCUUCCCUGCUUGCUUCCACAGAUGUACUUGUUCCAAUUUGUCCUGCUCUAGAAGCCUUCAUCCUGGUGGUCAUGGCCUGUGACCACCAUGUAGCCAUCUGUCACCCACUGCACUACUGGGUCCACAUGACCCCACAGACCCACGCUGCACUGGCAGGCAGUGCCUGGCUUACCACCCUCCUCCUGCACAUCACAGAAGUAGUAAAAACCUCCCAGAUGGCAUCUGAUGACAUUGCCUACAUCUACCAUGGCCUCUGUGACCACUUGACCCUGGUUCAAGCCUCCUGCUCCGACACCAGGCCCCAGACCCUCAUGGGCUUUUGCAUCUCCACGGUGGUGUCCUUCUUCCUCUUGGCACUUCUCUCCUAUGUGCAAAUCCUGGUCUCAGUGCUUCAUGUCAGCUUCCAAGAAAGAUGUUCAAAAGCCUUUUCCACUCACACCUCUCAUUCUUUGGUUGUGGACACUUGCUAUAGCUUGAUUGCCGUAGCUAUUGUGGCCUCUAGAGCUGACCUACUGAGAUUGGCAUUUGCCAUUCUCACAGCUGUUCUCAACUCUGUCAUCUACACGCUGAGGAACAAGAUGUCAAAGUGGUCAUGA